AGUCGUCUGGAUUUGGUUUUCAUUAAAACGCACAUUGGUGCUGCGGGGCGGGAAAUCCGGGCUUUUCCGACCUCGCGCGAGCUUCUCCGAGCGGACGAGACUCGUGCCGAACGUCUCGCCAGUGUGUGUGUGUGUGUGUGUAUGCGCGCGCGCUCUCUUGUACUCCUCUCGAGCGGCUUUUCUCGUCGUGGGAGGCGGAGGAAAAAGAAAGGAUCAAAACGAUUAGAGCAGAGAAAUUACACGGCGCCUCACUUAAUCACGCUCACCGGACACACGCUCUUCAUCAACGCGGAUCUGCUUGGUGCAGUCACGAUCCAACAUGGAGAGCCUGAGAGUCGUGGGCUUCAGCAUGCUGCUCUGUGUGGCUUUCUCUAUAACUCUGAAAGCGAAAGAUGAGACUGUAUUCUUGGGCGAGGAUUAUCAUAUCUUGUUGCCAGCGGGCGGUGCUACGGUGAUCUUCAAGCCCAGGAUCGGUCCAGCACGAGAGCUGGAGAUGAUGAAGAACGGGGAAGUGAUCAACGCGCGGGUCAAACUGAACAAGGCUCUGAGUCACCUGAUUCUGGAGAAUGUUGGAGAAAGUGAUGAGGGAGUGUACAUCAUCAGAUCUGAGCAAAACCCAAAUAACAUCAAGCAGCUCAAUCUCAUCGUCAGAGAUUGCACAGUGGAGGUGAAUGUGAUAUAUGGAAGAGACUUCCAUAUUUCGCUGCUCGGUACGCCUGAAGGUGUGGGCUUUCGUCCCAUCGCCGUUGAGGCCAAUCAGACAUCUCAUCCGGCAUUAGAGCUGCUGACGGCCGAAGGACGCGUCCAUGAGAAUUACGAGGAUCGCCUCAGCAUUACCGAGCAGCGCCUCAUCCUGAAAGCUGUGACUGGGGCUGAUGAAGGCAGCUACACCAUCACUCUAACCGGUGGGAAAGUGGGCAAAAAGAUAUGCCUUAAUGUGAAAGAGGAUCAGAAGUUUGUCACAGUGCCAUACGGAGGCACGUUUAAGCUGAAUCUGCACUUGAACAGUUCGUCUGCCCGUCUGAUCUUCUCACCCGACUUCGGCAGAUCUGACAACCUCAGCUGGGUGAUUAUGGAUAGGGGCGAGCUGAACCUGCUUCCAGAUCACAACCUGGAGGGCCGAUUCUCCAUGGACAACUCGAUGUGUAUUCUGAAGCAAGUGAAGGCCAGUGACACAGGACUGUAUCAGGUCACUGAUCUACAGGGCUUCUCCGUGUCAAAAUUCUACUUGGAGGUGGAACCAUACAGGCUGCCUAAUGUCUUUUUGGUAGUGAUUUCUAUGCUGGCUUUGCUGGUGGUGCUGCUGCUGGUGUGUUUGGUGUCCUGUCUGGUGAAGGUGCGCAAAAGGGCAGCAAAAGCCAAAGCCAUCGAGAAGAUUGCAAAAAAUGCAGGCAAAGAGGAAGGAAAUGCCUUUAGACAGGUAGUGAAGGAAGCUUGCUGCCGUCAAAAUGAUGACGCUCCGGCUCUCUCACAAAAAGAAGAUAUUACAGAGAAAUCCCAGAGCACUGAAAUCAGCAUUAAGGGUCUAGAAGUGUCUGCUAAGGACACAAGUAUCCAUGAAAAGAACCUGGAGACCAGCGACUCAGGAGUAGGCUUCACCACUGCAGGCCUUCCACUGGACAGUGAUACUGAGGCACCAACAGUACCCAUUACAGAAGCCGAUUUCCUGAGCUCCUCUGUUGCUUCUGAUGCCAAACCUAUUGCCAAACAAGAGUCCAAACUAACUGCGUCUUCACCUCCCAAACCAGCACCAACCCCUGAGGCGAAGCCAGCAUCCGAGACACCAGUUUCAGCAGCAUUGAAACCAGCACCGUCUCCUGAACCCAAACUCUCUGUAACACCAACACAAGAAACAAAAACGACCAUCUCGCCCACUCCUGAGUCGAAACCAAGCUUGAGUCCGUCUCCAGACCCAAAGCCUGCAGUGACACCCGAGUUGAAACCAGCGGUUAGCCCUUCUCCUAAAGCCACACCAACCCUAGAAGUCAAACCAACUCCCACUUCUGAAGUCAAACCACCCCCAAGUCCUGAACCUCCAAAAGCGGUGACACCAACACCUGACUCAAAACUAGCCGCCACCCCAACUAAAAUGGCAGUCUCUCCAGCUUCUGAUCUCACACCAACCAAACCUGAUGCCACACCAUCUGCUGUGAGUCCUUCAUCAGCAGCUACUAUUGCAACUCCUGACACCAAGCCUGCCCUCUCCCCAACUCCUGAUGCAAAACCAACCACUAAUGGUACCCUUGAGUCCACCCCAGAUAUAGGAUCUUCUGAGUCUAGUGCUAUCCCUGCAAAAACCCCAGAGACUGAAAAAAGCUCCGUAAAGGUUCCCGAGGUCAUCUCGACCGGGGCUCCAGCUCCAGAGGCCAAGCAAGACUCGGCCUCCGCCAGCGAUGGUGCUCCUGCCUCAGGAGUGGAGGAAACUUCCACCACCUGA